AUGAACGAAGGAACCACCACUCUGAGACCGGCUUCUGCCAACCUGGGAAAGCAGCAGUCAAACCAUCCAGCGAAGCGAAAGCGACACGGCCGGUCGGGAAAUGCAUCCUCCUCUCCACCAAAUCAGCCUCGCGCUGAACCUUCUGAUUACCCGAGAAAGCGGGUUUCCAUUGCAUGCGAUGUCUGCCGCCUGAGAAAGACAAGAUGUGAUGCAGCCAAACCACGCUGCUCCUUCUGCCAAGAAAUAGAGGCUGAGUGCACCUACCAGAAGCCAAGUGCAGGCGACAGAAUAGACGAGCCGAUCUUAAAGAUCCUAGAACGUCUAGACCGAAUGGAGAAUUUGAUCUUGCUUCCAGAAAGAGAAACGGCUCAUGUCACCACCCUUGUUUCCCAUACAGCUGACGAGAAUUUCCAGGAGGCGCAUCCUUCAACGGAGCAGGUGACACAUGGUCCCACACCUGAAUCCCAUUCCUCUUACCAGUACGAUCAUGGACCUCCCUUGGUGAGAACAAUGUCAGUUCCCGACAUCCCGGUUCUGAAGCCCCCUGAUGCGCAUGAGAACAACAUUGUCUUGCCGAACUUGGAAAGCUUUUCUUGCUUGCCACCAUUCAAUCACAUCGAGUACGAUGAAGGAGAGUUGUACCUGCAGACAGAGAUCCGACAAGGAGCUCUCCUCUAUGGAUACACCGGCUCUCGGGUAGUAGACACAACAUCCAAAAAAUGUUGGAGGUUGCAGCGGCUGUUCGCCAAGAAUGUCCUACCUUGGAUACCACUCUUUGACCAGGAGUACUGCAUUUCAAAGGUCACAAGCGCGACAGAAUGUGGCUUCGAAUCCGAAGAUCUCUCAGUGGCCCUAGUGAUGUUUAUUUUUGCUUUAGGAGCAAUGUCCAAUGACGACGAUUGCACCAGCAACUCCACUGCGAGUUUUGCUGGUAUCGCAUAUUUUCUUCAAGGGUGUAAAAUCGUUGAUGCGAGUCGGACGAACAACAAUACCAUCAUCAUGAUUCAAUGCAGAAUCUUAUGGGCAAUAUACUUGUUAUAUUGCAUGCGGCCGCUGCAAGCUUGGAAUAUAAUUAAUGAGGCGUUGAGAGAGAGCAUCAUCCUCUGCCACUUGCGGACCCGGAUGGGAUCUGAUUCACGCUUGAAUGACCUGGCAAAACGAGCUUACUGGGCGUCUUAUAUCCUAGAUCAUGAAUUGAGAAGCCAAAUUGGGUUCACUGGAAGCGGGAUCCACAGUUGCCCCGGAACUGUGGAAUUACCCUCGAGUGAAAACGAUGAGCCGGGAUUCUUCUACUUUCUAUCUGAAAUCGCCCUCCGACAGCUCCUCGCCAAUGUUCUUGAUAACAUGGGUUUUCUCAGUAUACACCCCGUUGCUGGCUACACCCGCUACGCCCCAGUCGUAGCCUUCGAACUCUGCUCUCAACUUUCAGAAUGGUAUUCCAAUCUCCCCUCUUCUCUUCGCUUCCCCCUCGGCUCAACACCAAUUCUCGAUCCGCAAAAGGCUUUCCUUCGGGCCCAAUAUUACAGCAUUCUCUGCAUCACGAAAUGGCCAUUCAUAAUGCGUUUCGUAGCUCAGAUGCCCGACUUCCGCGGCGAACAAGAAAUGCUCAUCUCUCAAGGACGGGAGUGUCUCGAGUCCGCCAUAUUAUACAUCCAUACUAUUGAAACUAUCAUGCAUUCCAGACAUAUGCUUGUCUUUCCCAAUUUUAUUGGGUAA